ACAUUCGUAAUCUGUAAGCAGAAGAUUUUUUGCUAUUUUAUAUCCAGUUUGGUGCGCUUUAGGUCGAUUUCCAUCUUCAGAGUAUUAAAAAAGAAUCUUUUCCUCUUGGACAGAUUUGGUCGGGAACAGAAUUAGACUAUUUUGGUGAAUUGAUGUUCGAUCAAAAGUGACGCUGACAUUGUUUUUUCAAACAAUCUGUUGUAACACGCAGUGAGAGAUUUUUAUUUGGAAGGAGAAAUAAUAUUCUGAUCCAAGAUGAAAGAGGAGUGGAGUAGUUUGUGGUCUGUGGCCUUGGCUGUCCUUGGUGUACUUGGUUUAUUUUUGGGGACGCAUCUGUGGAGGAACUUUACAGUACUUUCGUAUUACAAGAGGCGUAAUGUACCGUACAGCAAACCAGUCUUCAUAUUUGGCAACAUGCUGCCGAUGGUGUUGAAGAGAAAAUCAUUCGCCAAAUUCAUCCAGGAUUUAUACCAGGAAUUUCCGAACGCCCAAUACUCCGGUGCAUUUGAAUUUGCAAAUCCCGUCUACGUUCUGCGCGAUACCGAAUUGAUAAAAUCGGUAACCGUUAAGAACUUCGAUCACUUUCCCAAUCACAAACCCUUCGUGGAUGAGUCCAUGGAUCCUCUUCUCGGUGGCAAUUUGUUCUCCAUGACGGGGGAACGUUGGAAGGAGAUGAGGUCGAUAGUUAGCCCGACAUUCACCUCCAGUAAAAUGCGCGUCAUGUUCGAACUGAUAUCAAAAUGCGCUGACGACUUUACUGAUUAUUUAGAAAAACAGCCUUGCCCGUUUACCGUUGAAAUGAAGGGCCUCUUCACGAGAUAUACCAACGACGUGAUAGCCACAGCCGCGUUUGGCAUCAGCGUUAAUUCGUUGGAGAAUCAGGAGAACGAGUUUUACCUUAUGGGUAAAGACGCCACAAACUUUGGUGGCCUGCGAGCCGUUAAAAUGUUCUUGUUCACCUGGAGUCCCACGUUGAUGAGGCUCCUAAGACAGACCUUCGUUUCGCACAAAGUGGCAACAUUUUUCCGCAAUCUAGUCAAGGACACAAUAUCGACGAGAAUUAAAGACGGAAUCGUCAGGCCGGAUCUGAUCCAUCUACUGAUGCAGGCCAAGCAUAAACAGGGAGACGAAAAAUUGUCUAUCGAUGAAAUUACUGCGCAGGCUUUCAUUUUCUUUUUCGCCGGUUUCGACACUGCUUCGACGCUGAUGUCCUUUACUUGUCAUCAGUUGGCCGUUCAUUCCGAUAUUCAGGACAAACUGAUCGCCGAGAUUGACGCCGCGUACGAUGAAGAUGGCGGCAAGCUCUCUUACGACAAAGUUAGCCAACUCAAGUAUCUCGAUAUGGUCUUGAAUGAAACAUUGCGCUACUAUCCACCUGCUGUAUUCACCGAUCGCUUAAGCAACCUCGAAUUUGAACUGCCGCCGCCGAAUGGAACCGACAAACCGGUACUCGUUGAGCCUGGGACUCGAGUCUGGAUUCCGAUAUUCGCCCUUCACCAUGACCCCCACCAUUUCCCUGACCCUGAGAAGUUCGACCCGGAAAGAUUCAGUCCGGAAAACAAGGGAAGCAUCAAUCCCUUUGCUUAUAUGCCAUUCGGUGUUGGUCCCAGAAACUGUCCUGGAAACAGGUUCGCCCUGAUGGAGACUAAGAUCGUGCUCUGCUGUCUUUUGAGGAAAUUCCGCAUUUGUAUCGGUUCCAAGACCCAAGUUCCUCUAGUCAUCAACAGAAAGUCGCCAGCCAUGGCAGCCGAGCAUGGAUUCUGGCUGGAUUUGGAAUCGAGGAAACCGGUUGCUUGUUGAUUUUUGACAAAAUAUGGAUUUGUUAAAUUGUGUUGUGUACGACG